CCUCCUGUGGUCUCUUUUCCCGUUGUGUGUGUGUGUGUGUGUGUGUGGGAGAGAGAAAGGGACUUCACUUUAUCUGCAAGGUUCAUGUAGUGUGUGUGAGGACUCUCUCAUAAGUGUGUGUGUAUGUUUUGUGUGUAUGUCGAGGGGCUGAACUCGGAGCCCCCCUGUGGUCGUCCUGAGAGCUAAGGGAGGCUGGCGUUACCCCAGAGACUCCUGAAUGCAGAUGGUGUGAGCAGUCAGGAGAAAAGUUUAUGACAGCUCUGUCUCUCUCCUCCGAUCCGCUCUCUCUGUUUUCUAUUCACAGCUGCCCCAUGUAGCUCUUUGAUUUUAAAGAUACGGCUACAGAUUUUUUGCCUGGCAGUUUGUCUUCGAGGUCUGAGUCACAUACUGGAUUGUUUUGGACAGCAUUUGUGUGGACGUUCUCUGGAUAGCAGUUUUUAAGGGGUGGUCUGUUGGUUUGGUCAUGGAAGAUCAGGCUGGCAGCGUGGGUUUCAGCCCCCAGCAUGAACUCGGGUCAGGCACACAGGAUGUUCUCCGCUGUGGUUGGCUCAGGAAGCAAGGAGGUUUUGUGAAGACCUGGCACACACGUUGGUUCGUCCUUCGAGGAGACCAACUCUACUACUACAAGGACGAGGAUGAAACCAAAGCACUGGGCACCAUUUCUCUACCUGGCAACAGAGUCACUGAGCAUCCCAGCAAUGGGGACGAAGGUGGAAAGUUCCUGUUUGAAGUCAUUCCAGGGGGCGACAGGGAGCGGAUGACGUCCAACCAUGAGACAUACCUACUUAUGGCCAGUACACAGAAUGACAUGGAGGAUUGGGUGAAGAGCAUCCGCAGGGUGAUAUGGGCUCCAUUUGGAGGAGGAAUCUUUGGUCAGAAGUUGGAAGAGACCGUCCGAUAUGAGCGUCGCUACGGGAACAAAAUGGCUCCCAUGCUGGUGGAGCAGUGCGUGGACUUCAUUCGGCAGAGGGGUCUAUGUGAAGAAGGACUCUUCCGUCUGCCUGGACAGGCCAACCUGGUCAAAGAGCUCCAGGAUGCUUUCGACUGUGGAGAGAAGCCAUCUUUUGACUGUAAUACGGAUGUACACACCGUAGCCUCCUUGCUAAAGCUGUACUUGAGAGAGCUUCCUGAGCCUGUCAUCCCUUUCUGUAAAUACGAAGAGUUUCUGGCCUGCACCAAAAUCCUCAGCAAAGACCAGGAUGCAGGAAUGAAGAAAUUAAGAAGGCAUGUUGAAAGUCUACCUUUGGUGAACUACAAUCUUCUUAAAUACAUAUGCAAGUUCUUGGAUGAGGUGCAGUCGUAUUCUGGGGUGAAUAAAAUGAGUGUUCAAAAUUUGGCGACAGUCUUUGGGCCAAACAUUUUAAGGCCAAAGGUCGAAGACCCAAUGACUAUAAUGGAAGGCACAGUAGUGGUGCAACAGCUAAUGGCCGUUCUGAUUGCUCGGCACGAUGUUCUUUUCCCACCCGAAGAGGACCACACUAGUACUCUGGAAUUGGUCAAUAACAACAACAAUGAGACACAAAGACGGCCGACCAAUGGUCAGCUACACAACAAAGAGAACAACAACACCACUGGUGUAGGACAGUGCACAUGGGGCACACCCGAAUCACCCAAUCGGGCUCCAUUGGACAAUGGCUCUCCCCGCUUGGGUAGCCCUCGUGAUGGUUUUACAGGUCCGCGAAUCGAGGUUAAGCGUAGCCCGCCGCUUACGAUAAAAAAGAACCCAGCGUUCAGUAAAGGCAGCGGAAUUGUCACAAACGGCUCCUUCAGCUCAUCAUCUUCAUCCUCAGGUGAAGCCAAUCAAGAGAAGAGCCAGCCUUUGCCCAAAAUGUGCACCCUACAGACCCGAAGGGCAGGCGCAAUGAAGGGCUCGGGCACCAAGAUGGGGGUUCAAAAUGGUGUCGUGAGGAUGGGCGUGUCCAUUACAGAUGGGACGAAUGGGACUCUAAAUGGGCGUAAUGGACUCUGGAUGCCAAACGGUCAUGUCACAAUGCGUGAGGGAAAAUCUAAAGAAGCCGAGCACCCCCAGAAUCGCCUGUCCACGUACGACAACGUCCAUAUCCAACAUCAAACACAAUUGAUACAGCCCAGUCUCAGCAGCAGCUGUGAGGAUAAACAAAGCGUGGACAGCGCCACUUGGUCCACGUCUUCUUGUGAAAUCUCUCUGCCGGAGAACUCCACCUCUUGUCGCUCCUCAACAACAACCUGUCCAGAGCAGGACUUCUUUGGCAACAAUUUUGAGGACCCAUUGUUGGAUGGGCCAGUACAGGAAGACAAUGGACCGGCGACAGAAGACAGGGAGCAGAGGACCAGUAAUGGAGGGGGUCAUGGAAGCAAAGGAACAAGCAGCAGUGAAAACAGUGAAACGGCAUUUGCUGUCACCAACGGACCAACCAAUCACAGUGCACUGCACAGCCUGGUGGCCAGCCUCAAACAGGAAAUGCUCAAGCAGAAGAAUGAAUAUGAGGCCAGAAUCAAAAGUCUGGAAUAUCGUAAUUUAGAGUUGGAGACUGUUAUGGCGAAUCUGCAUGAAGAGCUGGACCAGGAGAAGAAGAAGUACAUCAUGGUAGAGAUAAAGCUGAGGAACGCUGAGCGAGCAAAGGAAGAUGCAGAGAAGAGAAAUGAAAUGCUACAGAAAGAGAUGGAGCAGUUCUUUUCCACUUUUGGAGACCUGACCGCAGACCCACAACGACCUGAUAGAGCCAACACCAUCUGGAUCCAGUGAGAUGUGGUGGACGAUACCAUUUAUUUCAAGCUUGUGUUGAGAACAGUCUACUAUUAACAAUUACUCAAUGACCAGUUUUGUUACAUUGUGUGGGCUGUGCUCAGACAGAAUCUGAUUAAAUUAACUUGUCCAUAAUUGGCAUGUCCUUAGUUGGGUGUUUCUUGCCCUUUUGGUGCAAAGAUUCCACACAGCUGAGAGAAGCCCACUGAGGCAAAUUUCAGAAUAAACGUGGACCAGUUGUGAGAUACUUGUUGGACUAAACCAUUUGGAUUCAUUUGAUUCAAUACUUCUUGGAUCUCAAGAAAAAAGUAGGACAGUUAAAUGGUUUGAAAUAUGGUCAAGUUUUGGAAACAUAAGACUUGUCAACUUGAAAUGAGUGUCAAAUGGAAAGAAGAGGAUUUUGACUCCAAAUAAUGUCAGAGCCUGCUCUGAAAAUGUUAAAGAGGAACUUUGAUGGUUGACUGUUGCAGUAUGUUGCUUUUCGUACCAGAAUGAACAAUACGUCUUAGAUGGGUAAACUCCUGAAGGAAAACAGAACCUUGAAUGUCACACACAUUUCUAAUUGUGAUCCAACCAAAUGUGUCCUUGAUCUGUCGCCUCGUCAUGUAGCCACCUUUGUUAAAAAUACCAUGAUCAAAAAUCAAUGUCUGUAUAAAUGCAAAUUAAAGUAAUAUGUUGAUGUACAUACUGAUAUGUAAAGAGAGAAUUUUCAAUGUGUUCCAUAAACAUUUUAAAUCAAGGCUUUUCCUUGCACUUAAAACAUUGUUUUUCAACAUGGUACGAAUAUGAGAUUAUGUGGCAAGCAUUUGAAUUUCAUUCGCUCUCUGUCUACCCUUACGCUUGAUUCUGAUAUUUAAUUGUUAUAUCCAAAUGCUAUAGCUUUCCACAUGACCAAAAAAAGACCUGUAAAGACAUAGGAAAAAAAUGACAAGACACUUGGCCUGUCUUUGCCAUUCUUACCAAUCGCACAUCAUUUGCUUUAAGCAGCACUGGACAGGAAGAAGUCUAUUAAAAUAAUGACUAAAUUGUAACAUUAUUCAAACCUGUUAAAGGUGACACCGGGUCAUCUCUGCGCUGUUUGCCUUGUCUGUUUUGGAAGCUGUCCAUACUUCUACUGUAGCUUCAUGCAUUCAUUGAAAUGCAAUUAAAUUAAAUUAUA